AUGGAUCCCCUCAUCAACAUGUCGGCGCAGUUUGCAGAGGGCAUUGUCCCCAACCCCCAGUUUGCCCUGCUCAACUACUUCUUCCCCGGCUUCUCCAUGCUCACCACCGCCCUGCAAACCUACCUGGGCAUCGACCUCAACUUCUACAUCCCUCUGCUCGUCGCCGUCUUCGGCCUCAACUUCCUCUGGGGCUACUUCAGCAACUCUGUGUGGGCCUGGAUCGACGCCUACCUCAUGUCGUCCUUCAGGGUCCGCACCGACGAUGAGACUUACAACAUGCUGAUGCUCUGGAUCUCGCGCCAGGCCUUUUCGCAAAACUCGCGCCGCUUCUUGGUCAACACCGACCUGUAUUCCCGCAACAGCUACAUCUGGGGAGCCGGGCAGGACGACAGCGAUGAUGAGGAUGGCGAGGAGGAUGCGGCCGUCGACAUGAUUGGACCCAAACAGGCUCUUCACUACACCCCUUCCUUUGGCUCUCACCUGUUCUGGUACAAGGGCUGGCCUAUGCUCUUUGAGCGCAUCCAAAACAACCAGCAGCUCAACUUCCAGUCCGCCAGCGAGCGGGAGGAGCUCUCCAUCUCAUGCUUCGGACGCAACCCGAGCCUCCUCAAGGACCUCCUCAUCGAGGCCCGUCAGCUCUACCUCAAGAAGGACGAGCGCAAGACUCUCAUCUACCGCAGCGCCAGCCCCAGCUACGGCGGGGAGCCCUACUGGCAGCGCAGCAUGUCCCGUCCUAACCGACCCUUCUCGACCGUCAUCCUGAGCGAGAAGAUGAAGCAAGACCUGAUCGACGAUGUUGCCGACUACCUCAACCCUGCCACUCGCCGGUGGUAUGCGAACCGUGGCAUCCCUUACCGACGCGGCUACCUUCUCUACGGACCUCCUGGCACCGGAAAGAGCUCGCUCAGCCUGGCCCUGGCAGGAUACUUCCGGAUGAAGAUCUACAUCGUCAGCCUGAGCUCCAUCGCUGCCACCGAGGAGGGCCUCUCUUCUCUCUUCAGCAACCUGCCCAAUCGCUGCCUUGUCCUCCUCGAGGACAUUGACACUGCUGGUUUGACGCACACCCGAGAAGAGCCGAAUCUCACCCCCUCCCGCCCUCCCACCCCGAGUCCCUCUGGAGUCGACGGGUCGACGGGCCCAGCCACAGCAUCCGGCGGCGGUCGCCUCUCGCUUUCUGGCCUGCUCAACAUCCUGGACGGAGUUGCCUCACAGGAAGGUCGCCUUCUCAUCAUGACGACCAACCACAUCGAGAAACUGGACAAGGCACUGAUCCGCCCCGGCCGGGUGGACAUGAUGGUCCCCUUCAGCCUCGCCGACAGGACCAUGACCGAGGCCAUCUUCCGAGCCAUCUAUGCCCCCUUUGAGAGCGAGAUCCCUUCAGAUGAGGUCGCCUCCAAGCCCAAGAAGCGUGUCACCGGGUCGAGGCCUGCCACGCCUGAUGCUGCUGCAAAGGAACGGUGGGCCAAGCAGCACGCGGAGAUUUCUCAGCGCAUCGAGGCCCUGUCCCUGGAAUUCUCUGCCAGGAUCCCCGAGUUCGAGUUCAGUCCUGCCGAGAUCCAGGGACUGCUGCUCAGGCACAAGCGCUCUCCUGAGGAUGCCAUUGCCGCUGCGGACGCUUGGGUAACCCAGACUCGCAAGGACAAGAAGGAGAAGGAGGUGCGGGAGGCUGAGAAACGGCGCAAGGAGCAAGAGGAGGAAGAGAAGAAGCGCAAGGCCGAAGAGGAGGAAAAGAAGAAGCAGGAGAGCGAGGACGGCAAGGCAAAGACUGAAGGCUCGGACCGGAAGGAGGAGGAUACCGAAGCCAAGAGUGCCAAUGACACAGUCGAGGCAUCUCCAUCCGCAGUAGAGGGGAACGAUGCUGGCAAGGGAGACGAGGUGAAGGCGGAGGCGUCCAAGGACGACAAGAAGAAUACCGCGUCGGAUUCAGAGUAUGAGCGGGUGUGA